CAUUUCCCAUGCUGAGAGCGAGAGACAGCGUAAGGGUGCAAGCGCAGACAGUGAGUGACCUACAAACAAGCUUAACAAUUUUAACUUUACCCAGGGUGGCAGAUUAACACCACAGCAGCCCCUGAAGAAGCUCCCUCUAUCUCCUCCCCUCACUUCCUAAAUGUGACUCAAGGGAGAAUCAGGAGGGGUUGCCUGGAUGGCGUGAUGAUGGGUCGGCCCAGAAGGCACAUGGAGGUGAAGGAACAGCAGGAGAGUCAUGGUCACUCGCCUGGGGUUUGAAGCAUAAGCUUGAAGCAUUAGCUGCCAGUAGGGCAGGUGAAAGGAGGAGCUCAACUAAGAACAAAGAAGCAGCAAAAAGUACUUUUUUUUUUUUUUUAAAGGAACUAUUCCAGGCUGAGACAUGGACAAUCAUAAGGGGGGAGGUACAGAUAGAGGUGGAGGUGAGACGAAAGAUAAACAAAAAGCUGAGGAGGUCAGUGAUGAAGAUAAGCAGGCCAAAAACAAGCAGAACAAGUUGGAGAAAGAGAGCAGCAAGGAGCCGAGAGCGCAUCCCAGAAGGGAGAACCGCCGGCGGUGUCAGUGGGCUCUGACGGAGCGUCUGGCCAUCAACGUGUCAGGGAUGCGUUAUGAGACCCAGCUGCGCACCCUCGCUCAGUUCCCAGACUCCCUGUUGGGUGACCCCCAGCGUCGAAUUCGCUACUUCGACCCUCUGCGGAAUGAAGUCUUCUUGGACAGAAACCGCAUCUGCUUUGACGCCAUCCUCUACUUCUAUCAGUCAGGUGGGAGGCUGCGGAGGCCCGCCAACAUCCCCCUGGACAUGUUCUUGGAGGAGCUGCGGUUCUACGAGCUCGGAGAGGAGAUCAUCGACCACUUCAAAGAGGAUGAAGGCUUCGCCAAAGAGGAGGAAAGACCUCUACCUGAAAAAAAGUGGCAGCAGCAAAUCUGGAUGCUGUUUGAGUAUCCGGAAUCUUCCAGCGGAGCCCGGAUCAUCGCCAUCAUCAGUGUCAUGGUCAUUGUGGUCUCCAUUCUCAUCUUCUGCCUGGAGACCCUGCCUGAGUUCAGAAAUGAAAAGGAGCGUAGGGAGCAAUACUCCAUCGCUCCUCACCCCAACAUAUCAAACAACACCAUCUUGGUCUCACCUGGAUUCACUGCCUUCCAGGACCCAUUCUUCAUAGUAGAGACAAUCUGCAUCUGCUGGUUCUCAUUUGAACUCAUCAUGCGCUUCAUUAGCGCUCCCAACAAGAUGCACUUUUUUAAAGACAUCAUGAACAUCAUAGACUUCUUCGCCAUCAUGCCUUAUUUUGUCACAGUGGGCACGGAGCUAGCAAAGGACAAAGGUACGCAGCCCUCCGUGUCUCUGGCUCUCAUCAGAGUCAUCAGGUUAGUGAGAGUCUUCAGGAUCUUCAAGCUCUCUCGUCACUCCAAGGGCCUCCAGAUCCUGGGCCAGACGCUGAAGGCCAGCCUGAGAGAGCUUGCGCUGCUCAUCUUCUUCCUCUUCAUCGGCGUCAUAAUCUUUUCUAGCGCCGUCUACUUCGCUGAGGUGGACAGUUCUGGAACAAACUUCAAAAGCAUCCCAGAGGCUUUCUGGUGGGCAGUCGUGACCAUGACUACAGUCGGGUACGGCGAUAUGUGCCCAGGGACAGUUGGGGGAAAGCUAGUGGGCUCCAUGUGUGCCAUUGCUGGCGUGCUCACCAUCUCUUUGCCUGUGCCUGUCAUUGUGUCCAACUUCAGCUACUUUUACCACAGAGAGAUGGAGUGCGAGGACACCAGGGUGUACCAGCAUGUCUCCACAUCGCUCUGGGAAAAGGAAGGAGAUGAUGAUGAAGAUGAGGAGGACGAGGAUGGAAUGGAUGAGUGGCCUGAAUAUAUGAGGGAUUACGCACCACUGUAUGGGCAGAACAGGGCUAUUUGCCCUCCGAUCAAUGGGCCUCUUUUGACAGGCCUUUGUGCAGGACAGGUAGAUGGGGAUCAGAGAGGCAUGGGGUUCCUCUUUAAGGAAUCUCGUGUCACUCAGGUCUGACAGACUGCAGAGUGCUAAACUCAUGGCAACACAUCAAGAAAACAGAGCCAAGAUAUAAAAAGACACUGCUGAAAGGACACGCAGAGGGAGACAUGAAAACCAAGAAGUGCAGUGACAUGUGAACAUAGUUUUAUAUGUGAAGCUUUUGCAUGAUUAUACUUGACUCACAGCUACUCACGAAGCAUCCGUUUUCCUCAGUAAAUAAACAGAAAAAAGUAAAAUG